UAAUUCUGAUAACAUCGCCAACAUGUAAACAAACUCGGUUGUAAGACAGCAGGACGUGGUACCGGUCGGCCUACCAAAAGCCAAAAAGAAUGUGCGGGAUAUGUUUUAUUUGUGGUCCGGAUGAGGAUGGGUAUUUCAAGCAAGGCAGUAAUGACCCAGUAAGGGCUGACGGUCUGACUGAUGAGCUACUGCGCAACAGAGGCCCAGAUGUUUCAAGAAGACAUUUCCUCACUCUUAGAGAGGGCUUGCAGGGCUGUAUGCAGGGAUGUGUGCUACACUUGCGAGGACAAUUAACUCCACAGCCUGUUACUGAUGAUGACGGGAAUGCUCUUCUGUGGAAUGGAGAAAUCUUUGGUGGCAUUCCGGUGGAAAAAGAAGAAAAUGACACAGAGAUUCUCUUCAAAGCCCUGACUGGUUGUUCUUCAGAAGCUGAGCUUUUGUCAACACUGCAGGCGGUCAAGGGUCCUUGGGGAUUUAUUUUUUGGCAGGCCUCGAAGAAAAUUUUAUGGUUUGGCCGUGAUGUAUUCGGACGCAGAAGUCUGUUAUGGCACCUCCCGAGUUGUCCACAAGACCACUUAAUUCUGUCUUCUGUUGCGCUUGGAGAUGAGAGGUUUUCUGAGAUUCCAUCAGUCGGAAUCUUUUCCUUGGACUUUUCUUGUCCUGCAGGGACCACAGAGAAAUCCCCGCCUUCUCUCACUCUCUACCCCUGGCAGGACUGUGUGUGGCCUGGGACCACCUCACUGGUUGCAAAAACCGAACAGGCCAGACUUGAAGAGAUCCUGUUCUCCAAGCAUCCUUGCAGCAUCCCUGUCUCGAUUAACCAUUCUGGAUUUCUUACGUCGUGGAUUCCUUCAAUGAAUCCAAGUAUUCCUUCAGAUGGACUACAAACUGAAGUAGAAUCAUCACUGGACAAAAGGAAAAUAGAGAAAUGUUUCCAGUUGCAGGAUGGGAGAGAUUGUACUGAAAAAAGUAGCGAGAGCUGCCCAGAACAGGUGCUUGCUGAUAUUAUGAAAGCUAACAGUGAUUUGGACAGGUUGUCUGAUGAGCUGAUUAACAAAUUGGAGGAAGCUGUACGGACAAGAGUGUGCAACAUUCCUGAGGAUUUUCACACCGAGAAUAAUGGAGGAAAUCUUCCCCCUGAAGUUACUGUAUCCAAGGCCAAAGUUGCCAUCUUGUUUUCUGGAGGACUCGAUUCUUCAGUAUUGGCAGCCUUGGCUGAUAGAUGUGUUCCUCCAGAAGAGCCAAUAGAUUUACUGAAUGUGGCGUUUGAGCUUCCAGCAAGGAAAUCAAAACCUCAACAAGCAAAAAAGCCACCCAAAAAAACAAAAGCGGAAAGAGCUGCAAAUAGAAAACAAAAAGAACAUGAAAGAAACCAGGCUGUUCAGUGUAAUGUUGAACAAGAUGAUGGUAGUGGUGAACGAUUGGAAAAGGAAACGUCGGCAUCUAACUGUUAUAUACCAAAUGAUCUUUGUUCAAAUAGAAAUGAAGACCCGGGUGUACUGUGUCAGUUUUCUUCCGUGUCAGUUCACGAUGACAUGUCUGGAGUGAGUUCAGUGGGAGCAGGGGAUGUUUGUGUUGCUCCUGAGCAGACAAUAAGGCCAGAGAGUAGAAGAUCUGUUCCUGAGGGCGUAAUCAACAGCUGCGCCGGGGCAGAUAAAAAAUUGGAAACUCAUUCCUCUGCGGUGGUGGCUGGUUGUGAAACCGGUUAUUCAGAUACUGGGAAAGUUCCGUCACAAAGCUCUUUUGACGUUCCUGACCGCCAAACCGGGAGGCUGGCCUUCUCGGAGCUGAAUCCUCGUCGACGGUGGAACUUUAUUGAGAUCGACGUGACGCAGAGUGAGCUUCUUCAGCUGCGGCAGGACCACAUCCGACGUCUCAUCUACCCCCUGCAAACGGUUCUGGACGACAGUAUCGGCUGUGCUGUGUGGUUUGCUUCCAGAGGUCAUGGUCGUUUGGCCAGUGACCAGGGUCAGCCUAUCUGUAGCAGAGCCAGGGUCCUGUUGUGUGGCAUGGCAGCAGACGAACAGUUUGCUGGCUACUCCCGGCACCGUGCGACGUUCAACAAGUUUGGCUGGGAGGGGCUAGUGAAGGAACUGCAGGAGGAAAUGUGGAGAAUAUCAGCCAGAAAUCUUGGGAGAGAUGACCGCAUCAUAACUGAUCAUGGGAAAGAGUCCAGGUUUCCUUUUCUGGAUGAAAUGUUUACCAGAUUUGUCAGCAAUAUACCAGUCCAUCAGAGAGCUGACUUGCUGCUGCCAAGAGGGAUUGGGGAGAAGGUGUUGCUGAGAAUCGCAGCCCAGAAGUUGGGCUUGAUAAAAACGUCAUGUCAGCCGAAACGUGCAAUACAGUUUGGCUCAAGAAUAGCAAAGCUUGACAAUAGCAAAGAGAAAGGAUCAGAUGUUUGUGGAAGACUGUCUUGACCAAAAUAUUACAUUGUUAUUUCUCAGUACUCAC